AUGUCUAGAUUCAGCGUAUUGAAGGGGAUCAACCGUGUAAUAAUACUUCCAACAGCCGGAUUUACACUUGGUGUAGCCACUUUCAUUAAAGGGUGGCCCGAUGAGUCUGAAGCAUUAACUCUUGAAGAUCAAGUACAAGAAAGUUCGAAAGUAUAUAGCAAAUCGAAACAACCCCUAUAUUUGCAGAGAUUGGAUAUUUUACAUAAAAUAUCAAACCAACCGCUAUACAAAGAAUUGAUGAUGGAUCCUGAUGUGAAACAUACAUUCCAAAGUGAGGGGAUCCCUCAAGGUCAUAGGUUUUAUCAUGUUGGACAAGGUCAAUUAUUUGGUCCAGGAAAAUUGGAAAUUGAUCCCUUAGUGUUUAUGAAUGAGAAAAAGGGAGAGAUCGUGGUGUUUUAUCAUUUAGGUAAGGAUCUCGGCAAUGAAAGAGGUCAAAUUCAUAAAGGUGUAUUAUCAUUGUUAUUAGAUGAAGGUUUAUGUUUCUGUGGGUUUCCUAGACUUCCAAAUAAGAGGGGUGUUACUGCUAAGUUAAGUAUUGAAUUUGCUAAGGAGAUUCCUCAAGAUAGUACUAUUGUAUUAAGGGCGCAUGUAAGUGAAUCCAAAGGUCGUAAAUGUAUCAUUGAUGGGAGUUUGGAGUCUUUGCCACAACGUAAUAUUAUAAACAAGAUAUUAAGGCAAGGCGGAUCUAGUGAUGGUACCAUUUAUGUUAAAUCCAAAUGUAUAUUAGUUGAGCCUAAAUGGUUUAAAUAUUUUUCAUGGGUAAAUCUAUUUGACGCAUAA